GGUCAGGGCUAAAUCCCCGUCGCUUACCCCGGUCUCUCUCCCAGCUCCACUGGUGCCAGGCUGACGCGUCCCGUUGCGCACAGCACUCCUCCAAACACCGCAUUACCCAACACAGUUCCCCCUCCAGAUCUCACCAUAACCUCGGGGCUUAUAGAGAGAAAGCUCCUAACUUAACGACUCGGUACGUUUGACGCCGGGAUGACACACGGUCGGUGACAGGAAGACUCGGGGGGAGUGGACGUGCAGCGGAAGGAACAAGGACAAGUCCGGGCUCUCCCCCGAGCAGUUUGCGCAAGGUGCUUCAGCGCAGGCUCGUGUUGCCGCAUUUUAUGGAUUUCUUUACCAGCAGCUACUUUAUAUUAUGAUGUUUGCGCUUCUUCUCUGAGCUUUUGUGGGAUUCGCUGGCUGCCUCCUCUGAAACUUAACUCUCUUGAUCAUUUCGGGAGCGACAGGAUGGAGUCGCACGUUGGCUCAGCUCUGCAGAAACAUACGCUGCUGUGGUUCAUCAUAGCAGUGGCUCAGUGUGUCUCAGCACAAGGCUGUGGAUCCCACUACAUGUACGCAAUUGAGGAGUUCUGCUUGGCCAAAUUCAGGCUAGACAUGCAGGAACUGGACCAGAGUCAGUGGUGUAGCUGGGAGGACACAGCCGAACUAUAUGAAGACCUUACAAACUGCACGUACCUGUGGACGGUGAACAUGGGGUGCUACUGGCCCAACCGAAUGGUGGACGAGUUCUUCAUCCAGGUCCACAGGCACUACUUCCACGACUGCUCAAUGUCUGGACGACGCCUCAAGGACCCUCCAAACCGCAUUCUGGGUCCUUUCAUUGCUGUUCCUAUCCUGAUCACCCUCCUCAUGACAGCCCUGGUGGUGUGGAGGAGCAAGCGCAGCGAGGGGAUUGUGUAGUAAAGGGGAAAAAAAUGGGGGUUGGGGUCACAAGACUCAAGAUACUUUUUGUGUUUGAGGUAACACUAUCCUCACCUUCAGUGAAAACAUUACUCUUGAGUGAUAGUGUUUGGGAGAAGGCUUUUGUUAGAUGUGAAAAUGCUCACCUGAGUCUGAUCUUGACCAGAAUAGUCACUGGUGAUAGGAUGUUGUACAUAAAAACAUUUUUUUUCCUUCAAAAAGGAUGUUGCUCUUCUUCAUAGAAGAGUUUUACAAGUGCUUUCAACAACCAAGAAAAUUCCACAAAGGAACAAAUAUACAAUAUCUAAAAGGAAACCCACGGACAUUACCUGUGUACAUACACUAGACCUAAACUAUGUGCAGUAUGUACAGUUUUGUGAUUAUUGCGUCGUGAUUCUGUUGCAUUUAUUAUAUUUUAACCACACUACAAGUGUGCCCUGAAUCAUAAAGAUGGGCACUAGGGAGAACGGUGAAACACAUGCUCAGUUCAGGUAACAGGCAGUAGAUUUUGGAAAAGGUGGUCAACCCACAGGAAUGAAGGCCCAGUUUGCAUUGUAAGAGCACCCACUGCAUUACCAUGAAAACUACAUUGUUUAAAAAAAGAAUAGAUAAAACAGUGGGAGGAUGACUUUGGAAAACACAACUUCAGAUAAACAACGAUUCAAAGUAGUGGGUUGCUCUAAGUUAGCCAAUGCACAACACCACUAAACAUGGCCAUGCCCAAAGCACAUUUUGUGAAUCAUGAAACUUGGGUUUCUAUUGAUUUAAGAUCUCCCAGUGUAGUAGAGUGUGCCGAAUGAACUUGUUCAUUGUUGAUAUUUUGGAAUGCCCUCUUUCCUUUUAUAGAUUCAUUGAUCUGUAACCUGCCUUUCAGCAAAACACACUUUGAGAUACACCCACACUUUGUAUUUUGUGCCAAGCUAAAGAGAGAGCCAUGUUUGUUAUAAAACAAAUGAUAUUCUGUUGGAAUGACUUUCACUGAUUGAUUUUAAAAUCUCUGAUUGUGAAGAAAUGUUCAAUAUAUUGUCUGAAUUAUGUGUUGAAUACACACAGCAGUGACACUCUAUUAUGAUAAUAUAACAGAAGGGGUUUAGAGCAUGCAAUACUAAGUAUGAAUUGUGAAUUCAUAUCACGGUGACGCACAGUGAAUGCACCUCAGCAGCCAUGUUUACAGAGCAGGACGUUAAAGUGCCUGUGACACACUUCUCCCACAAAUUCAGAAAUUAAAAGAAAAUAUCUUCAUAUUGAAGAAAUUGGACAAUAAUUGACAUUAUGUUAAGAUUAAAGAUGUGAUAAAACACAA